UUGGGGGGUUAGAGAAGAGCAAAGCAGAGAGAAAAACUCAUUGCGGGCUUCACUUAAGUUUUCACUUCCUCAGAUCUCCGCCCCUCCAUGUAGUGAAACCUGCCAUAGCAGCAGGCCUGUAUUUGGUGGCCCACAUUCUUCCAGGAACGGUCUUUGCACACCAUUAUGAAAGACGAAAGGGUGAACACAGUGAAGGUGGAAGCCUCCAAUGGGCACAGCAGGCCCCUGGACGUUGUACCCAGUACGGAGGAGAAGAUGACUGACCGGGGUCAGUGGGGCAACAAGGUUGAGUUUGUUCUGUCAGUGGCUGGAGAAAUUAUAGGCCUGGGAAAUGUCUGGCGUUUUCCCUACCUUUGUUACAAGAACGGAGGAGGUGCCUUCUUUAUCCCGUACCUCAUCUUCUUGUUUGCUUGUGGGAUCCCGGUUUUCUUCCUGGAGACGGCUCUGGGUCAGUACACCACUGAGGGUGGAAUCACCUCCUGGAGGAAGAUGUGCCCUUUGCUUGAAGGAGUGGGCUAUGCCACCCAGGUGAUUGUUGCUCUGCUGAACAUCUACUACGUCAUUGUGUUAGCGUGGGCCAUCUUCUUCCUGUCUCACUCCUUCACGUGGGACCUGCCCUGGGCCUCGUGCAACAACUCCUGGAACACUGAUUCCUGUAUGGUAUUUCAGAAGGGGAAUAGCUCCAUCAAUCACCAUGAGAACGCCACCUCUCCUGUCAUUGAGUUCUGGGAACGCAGAGUUCUAAGAAUUUCCUCAGGUAUUGAUCACAUUGGUUCUCUGAACUGGGACCUGGUGCUUUGUCUGGCCAUUGCCUGGGUCAUCUGCUAUUUCUGCAUUUGGAAGGGAGUCAAGUCCACUGGCAAGGUGGUUUACUUCACAGCCACCUUUCCAUAUAUUAUGCUAAUAGUCCUGCUGAUCAGAGGGGUGACACUGCCAGGAGCCUCCAGAGGAAUCCACUUCUACCUUUACCCUGACCUGGGACGGCUGGCUGACCCACAGGUUUGGAUGGACGCUGGAACUCAAAUCUUCUUCUCCUAUGCCAUCUGCCUGGGCUGCCUCACUGCCUUGGGAAGCUACAACAAAUAUAACAACAACUGCUACAGGGAUUGUCUGUGCCUUUGUUUCCUGAACAGUGGCACUAGUUUUAUCGCAGGCUUCGCCAUCUUCUCCAUUCUUGGCUUCAUGUCUUAUGAGCAAAAUGUACCCAUCUCAGAAGUGGCUGAAUCUGGUCCAGGUUUAGCCUUCAUAGCAUACCCUCGAGCUGUGUCCAUGAUGCCUUUCUCCCCACUGUGGGCUGUCUUCUUCUUCAUUAUGAUUGUCUUUCUGGGACUGGACAGUCAAUUUGUGUGUGUGGAGAGCCUGGUCACAGCCAUGGUGGACAUGUAUCCCUCCACCUUCCGCCGUAAGAACCGUAGGGAGCUCUUCAUCCUGGCAGUGGCGGUGGUGUCCUUCCUCUUGGGACUCAUUAUGCUGACAGAGGGAGGAAUGUAUGUCUUCCAGCUCUUUGACUACUAUGCAGCGAGUGGGAUGUGCCUGCUCUUUGUGGCUGUUUUUGAGACUGUUUGCAUUGCUUGGAUUUAUGGUGCUGACCGUUUCUAUGACAACAUAGAGGACAUGAUUGGCUAUCGGCCCAGCCCUGUUAUCAAGUACUGCUGGCUCUUCUUCACCCCUGCAACUUGCUUUGGAACCUUUUUCUUCGCUUUGAUCAAGUACUCACCUCUCAAGUACAAUAAUGAAUACAUAUACCCAUGGUGGGGUGAUGGAAUAGGCUGGCUGCUGGCCCUGUCGUCUAUGAUGUGUAUCCCGUUUUGGGUGGCAGUGAAACUAUACACCACCCCUGGAACACUGAGAGAGCGUUUUGUUCUUCUGACCAUGCCAUCUUCUGAGUUACCAAAGACCAAGAAGGAGCAAGAAAAGCUGCUUGCUGUCUUCACAGCGGAUGGUGAAAACCUCCAUCAGAAGGCAGCUCCUACUAAGGACGGUUAUUUACCUGUUGAUGAAAAAGAGUCCAAUUGUUAAAGACCUAACGGGUUUAAAUCACAGCGUCUAGGGUUUGGGAGUCAAAGGUCACUUCUCAGUUUCAAUACUCUGUCUGAAUUUUUCUCUGUUCUCUCUGCACGGCAAAGUGUAGAGCAAUGCAGGUAAAAGGCAGACAAAGUGAUGAAACAUGCACAGAGGCAGGCCACACCUGUAACUGCUAAUCUGCUGCUAGAGUCUUUGCCUUUGUAUGCUGCCUAGUGUGUUGGUAUCAGAAUUCUUACUUAAUUAUUUACACUAUACAUUCUUUUGUUUUGUUUUGCCUAUAAUCUAAUUUGCCAGUGGCAGAGUCUCAUGUACAUUAGAAAGAUGUGACCAUUGUUGUUAUACAGUGGCUCAGGAUUUGAUCAUGUCUGCUUUCUGAGGAAGCUUUGUUAUGGACAUCUCUAAUGUUCACUUAUUCUGACAUGACAGUUCAUUUACUUGGCUUUAAAGGAACUUUAAAAGCUGUCUGCCACAGAUGGAGCAUAAAAGGUUAUUUGUAUACAAUUUAUGGAUGUUUACAUGCACCUCUGUGCAGCUAUCUUGCAGCUCUUUUACUGCAUAGUGAUGAAUUGUCAUGUCAAAAUCUACAAUAUCCAGAUAAACAGUACAAACACACUGAUGAACAAUUCUUGAGAAUGUAAGAAUUUUAAGUGUACACUGAGAGGUUCUAAAUCAUUGAUUUUAUGUAGGUAUUUCAUAACAUUUCUGUGGUCUUUUUUUCAUUAGUAUUUGUGUGAGCCCUGUAGAUAGAUAUUUGGAUAUCGAUAUUUUUAAAUGCUUUUUGUGAUGCUUCUGAAUGUUGUCAUAAUUUACUAUUGUUUCAGUUUUGUCAAAUGGACGGGGGUGGCUGAAAUGUUUGAAGGUAUUCAUUUCAAAUUGAACAUCUCUGUUGUCUUCUAGUUUGUUGUAAAUUAACUCCAACCUUAGUUUCUUUAGCGGUAAUGUUACAAUUGUAUGUUGUAAUUGUAUGCUGAUAGCAAUUACUUUCUUUCCUGUAACUCUUAUGUUCUAUAAAUGUUUUGUAAUGGUUUGUGUCUAAACAAUGUUAACUACAGUCCACCUACAGUACACAAAGUAUUUGACAGAAAUCAAAAUGAUCUGAUGUCUGAAUCCCAAAGAUAUAAUUUUGGAUUAUCACUUAAAUUUCAGUUUCUAUUUAGUGUUCUGCUUGUUUGCUGAAUUCAUGAAGCACAUUUUUCUCUAUAUGGAAAAAUCUACAGGCUUGUACAUUCCUGCAGAUUUGCCAGAAUCUGAAUGUUUUUUGUUUUGUUUUUUACAUCAGGUUUCUAUUAUCUAUUCAGUACAUUCUAUGACUAAUAUGAAUUGGCUUUAUGAAUUCUGGCAAAUAUUUAAUUUGGUUUUGAUGUUUUAUUUCACAAUCAAUUAUUGAAUGAAGUAAUAAAAGCAGGGUCAUUUAAAUAUAUAUAUAUAUAUAUUGUUAAAAUACAAGAUAUUUGAUUAAAGGUAGCCAACUAAUACAAAAUAA